UGUGUUUCAGCAUGUUUCUCUUUGGGUUUAUCUUAUAUGGGACUCUCUAUGCUUCCUGGACUUGGGUGACUGUUUCUUUUCCCAUGUUUGGGAAGUUUUCGACUGUAAUCUCUUCAAAUAUUUUCUCAGAACCUUUCUUUUUCUCUUCUUCUUCUGGGAUCCCUAUAUUUCGAAUGUUUGUGAAUUUAAUGUUGUCCCAGAGAUCUCUGAGACUCUCCUCAAUUCUUUUCAUUCUUUUUUCUUUUUUGUGCUCCCUGGCAGUUAUUUCCACCAUUUUAUCUUCCAGCUCACUUAUCUGUUCUUCUGCCUCAUUUAUUCUCUUACUCAUUCCUUCUAGAGUAUUUUUAAUUUCAGUAAUUGUGUUUUUCAUUACUGUUUGUUUGCUCUUUACUUCUUCUAGAUCCUUGUUAAAUGUUUCUUGUAUUUUCUCCAUUGUGUUUCUGAGAUUUUGGAUCAUCUUUACUAUCAUCACUCUGAAUUCAUUUUCAGGUAGGUUGCCUAUUUUGUCUUCAUUUAUUUGGUCUUGUAGGUUUUUACCUUGCUUCUUCAUCUGUAAUGUAUUUAUUUGUCAUUUCAUUUUUUUUGUUCUCUUGAUGGGUGGUGCUGUAUUCCUGUGUUACUGGUUGUUUGGCCUGAGGCAUCCAGCACUGGAGUUUGCAGGCAGUUGGGUAGAGCUGGGUCUUGGUGCUGAGAUGAGGACCUCCGGGAGGCCUCACUACGAUUGAUAUUCCCUGGGGUCUGAGGUUCUCUGUUAGUCUAGCAGUUUGGACUCAGAGCUCCCACCACAGGAGCAUGGGCCUGACCUCUGGCCUGGGGACCAAGAUCCCACAAGCCAGUCGCUGGGGGUUCUUCCCAUCCCCUUAGGUGUCCACGGUCCCUCACUGGUGCCUCGUAAGUGCCCUAGAUGUGAGGAGACGCGAAUUCCGUAUCCUCCUAGUAUGCCAUCUUGACUCCGCCCCAUCCUUACUAUCUUACUCUACUUUGAAUUAAUAGCAUAUCACUUCAUGUUCAACAUAAGAACUUUGCAAAAGUACUUCACAGAAAACACAGUGUCAUUUACUUUUUUAUUGCCUUUUGUGUUAUUAUAUUUAUUACUUCUACAUCUAUUAAAUUUCUACCAUUCAUUGAUAUUGUUUUCACUUUAGUCAGUAGUCUUUUUUUUCUUUUUUUUUCUUCUGGCCACACCACGCAGCAUGUGGGGUCUUAGUUCCCUGGCCAGGGAUCAAACCUGUGCCUCCUGCAGUGGAAGUGCAGAGUUUUAACCACUGGACUGCCAGGGAAGUCCCCUACUCAGUAGCCUCUUAAAUAAAUUUUAAGAAUAUUCUUUUAUGUUAGCAAUAUAUUUGCCAUCUCCAGUGCUCUUCAUUCCUUCCCACAGAUCCAGGAUUCAGCUUGUAAUCAUAUCCCUCCAGCCUAAAGUACUUCAUUUAAUAUUUUUUGUACUGUGGGUCUACUGGUAACAAAUACUUUCAGUUUUUGUUUGUCUUUAUUUUGCCUUCAUCUUUUUUUUUGGCCGUGUUGGGUCUUCGUUGCUGCAUGCGGGCUUUCACUAGUUACGGCAAGCAAGGGCUACUCUUUGUUGCAGUGCACGGGCUUCUCAUUGCAGUGGCUUCUCUUGUUGCAGAGCAUGGGCUGUAGGCGCACGGGCUCAGUAGUUGUGGCAGGCAGGCCCUAGAGUGCACGGGCUUCAGUAGUUGCAGCUCGCGGACUCUAGGGCAUGUGGGCUUCAUUAGUUGUAGCUCAUGGGCUCUAGAGCGCAGCCUUAGUAGUUGUGGCGCACGGCCUUAGUUGCUCCAUGGACAUGGGAUCUUCCUGGACCAGGGAUCAAACCCAUGUCCCCUGUAUUGGCAGGCAGAUUCUUAACCACUUCGCCACCAGGGAAGUCCCUGCCUUCACUUUUUAAGGAUAUUUUUGCUGGGUAUAGGAUUCUGUAUUUUUUCUUUCAGCAUGUCAAGGACAUCAUUCCAUUUUCUUUUGGCUUCCACUGUUAAUGAUAAGUCAGUUUUGAUUCUUCUUGUUUUUCUGCAUAUAAGGUGUUUUUUGCUCGACUGCUUUUAACUUUUUUCUUUAAUUUUCAACAAUUGACUAAGGUGUGCCUAGGUGGGAUCUUCUUUGUACUUAUGCAACUUAUGGUUCACUGAACUUCUUGGAUCUGUCGGUUUAUGUCUUUCAUAGAUUUUGGAAAAUUUUCAGCCAUAUCUCCUUAAAUUAUCCUUCUAUAUUAUUCUCUUUCUCCUCUCCUUCUGGGAUUCUAGUUACAUGUAUUUCAGAUUAGUUUGAUAUUGUUUCACAGGUAUAUGAUGCUCUGUUAUUUUCAUUUUUUUCCCCUCUGUUUCAUUUUGGAUUAUUUCUAUUGACCUAUCUUUAAAUUCACUGACCUCUUCUUGUGCUGUGUCCAAUCUGAUGUUAAACCCAUCUAAUGAAUUCUUUAUUUCAGAUUUGGUAUUUUUCAGUUCUAGAAUUUCUACUGUGUUCUUUUUUAUAGUUUCCAUUUCUCUGCUAAAAUUCCCUUUCUGUUCACCCAUUUUGUCCAUCUUUUCACUGAAUUCUUUAAUCAAUUUAUAAUUCCCGCACCUGGGUCAUCUGUAGAUCUGCUUCAAAUGACUUUUUUUUAAGUUUUUAAUUUUUAAAAAGUUUUUAUAUUUAAAUUUUUUAUUGAACUAUAGUUUCUCUACAAUAUUAUCUUAAUUUCAGGUGUACAGUAUAGUGAUUCAGUAUUUUUACAGAUUAUACUCCACUAAAAGUUAUUAAAAGAUAAUGGCUAUAAUUCCUUGUGCUAUUCAGAUGACUUUGCAUGUUUGACAUUGUGUUUAAAAGAAUGGUAGACACUGAAGUAGAUAAUGUUUUUUUCCCAGAGAGAACACACAAUUUUCUUUGUCUGCUAGCUAGGAUAAGGGGCAGAUCAUUUCAGUCCAACUAGGGGUUAUGCUGGGAUUGUAAUGAGUUGUAGUUUUAUUUAAAUUGUUUCAGUUUACCUCUGAUUUCACAUAUUUGAGAGUGAGAUCAGUUCUUUCCUUCAUCAGGGCUUUGGGAUCUAAGUACCCAAGACCAUAGAAAUCUUUCUUUGCUUUUUAGCUCACACCCAGUUUCCUGUGAAACUCCACUUAGGGGUUGAUUUCCUUGAUCUGAUUAAGAGUUGAGCUGGGUGGGGGCUGGGUUACUUAGUUGCACUUCAACUCUGCUAUACAUAACAACAUGGAUAAAUCUCAAACACAUAAUGAUGAGUGAAAGAAGCCAGAUACAAAUGAGUACAAACUGUAUUAUUUCCAUGUACAUGAAGUUCAGGUGAAAUUAAUCUGUAGAUUAGAAAUAAGAACCACGCUACCUUUGGGAAGGAGAGAGGGGUAGUGACUAGGAGGGGUCGUAAGAAGGGCUUGUCUCAAAUGCUGGUGAUGUUCUGUCUCUUUACUUGGGUGGUGGUUACCUGGGUGUGUUUACUUUGUGAAAAUCUAUUGUACCAUAUACUUAUGAUUUGUGUUCUUUUCUCUAUGUGUGUUAUAGUUCAAAAACAAAAAAGAAAGUGUGUAUGGUGGGGGAGGAGCUCUUGCACAAAAAAACAAAGUUAAAAAGAAAAAUCAAGCUAUAGAAUAGAAGAUAUUUGCAAUGCUAUAACAAAGGACUUGUAUACAGGUUAUUUUGUUUUAAAUUUUUCUACAAAUCAAAAAGAAAAGGACAGAAGGAGAAAAAGCAACCCAAUAGAAAAUGAGCAAAGGAUAAGAAAAAGCAAAUAAGAGAAGAAGAGGCCUGAAUAGCCCAUAAACAUGAAAAGAUACAGCUUUCCCCAUCACUUUGCAUCUAUAUUUUGGUUUGUGCCUUAUCACCAGUAGAUCAAGGAGAAGGGUUAAAUACUUUAAGAUGAGAAACAUUGAUGUUUGUUUGAGCUCUGAAGGGACUGAAGUGAUUUUAGCUACAUCAAGUGAUGAAAAACACCCACCUGAAAAUAUAAUUGAUGGAAAUCCAGAAACAUUUUGGACCACCACAGGAAUGUUUCCCCAAGAGUUCAUUAUUUGUUUUCACAAACAUGUAAGGAUUGAAAGGCUUUUAAUCCAGAGUUACUUUGUACGGACCUUGAGGAUUGAAAAGAGCACUUCUAAAGAGCCAGUUGAUUUUGAGCAGUGGAUUGAAAGAGAUCUGGUACAUACAGAGGGGCAGCUUCAAAAUGAAGAAAUUAUGGUACAUGAUGGCCACGCCACUUACUUGAGAUUCAUUAUUGUAUCAGCCUUUGAUCAUUUUGCAUCUGUGCAUAGUGUUUCUGCAGAGGGAAUAGCAGUCUCAAAUCUUUCUUAAUAAUUAUAACAAAAUACUCUUGCACUAUUUUUUAACAAUAUAUUUAUUUAAACAUGAAGUUGUUAUUAUUAAAGGUAUUUGUAUCAAUCUG